AUGGCGGUGGGCGGCGGGUCGGGCGUGGUCAACCUGUACCAGUGCGGCGGCGGCGGCAACGGCGGCGGCAGCAGCGGCGCGUCGGUGCUUGAGGCGCCGGCGGCCGGGCUGUGGGGCGGCGGUGGGGCAUUUGCUGCGGCGCCGGAGCGGCCGGCGCCGUUCCGCUCGCUGAUGCACCUUACCACCGCGGUGGACACCCUGCAAUUCAGCGCCGACGGCCAGCUGAUGAUGAUGGCGUCCCGCAUGAAAAAGGACUCACUGCGCCUGGUGCACCUGCCCAGCGGCAACGUGUACGCCAACUGGCCCACGCGCCUCACGCCGCUGCACUACGUGCACUGCGGCGCCUUCUCGCCGGGCGGCGGCUUCAUGGCGGUCGGCAACGCAAAGGGGCGCGUGCUGCUGUACCGCCUUCAUCACUACAGCAGUGCGUGA